GGCGCCUUCACAGACGCCGCCGGUAUUAACAUUAAAAGUUUGCCACAAAUACUGCAAAAGCGGUUAAUUGAGGACUAUUUCGGGGAAACGGGUAUUGAGUAUACAUUGGGUCGGAUACCGAUCGGAGGCACGGACUUCUCCACCCGUGGCUAUACUUAUGACGAUAACUAUAAAAAUGAUUUGCAAUUAAAACAUUUUAAUCUAACGGAAGAGGAUUUUAAUGAUAAGAUACCCAUAAUCAAAGCAGCUAAACAAGUGAGCAAGCACGGUUUGCGACUGUUGGCCAGUCCAUGGACAGCACCCCAAUGGAUGAAAAACAUUUCUGACGUAAAUCAUGGUGAUUUUUUAAUAGGCAAACCAGGUGGUGAAUAUUAUAAAGCAUACGCCAAUUAUUUAGUAAAAUUUCUGGACGCAUACAAAGCACAAGGCAUACCCUUAUGGGGUCUAACCCUUCAAAAUGAGCCCGCGUUAGCUCUAGUAAUAUACCCUAAACACUGGUUUAAUACAAUGGCAUUCACUCCCGAACUGUACCGGGAUUUUCUGAAACUAGACUUUGGUCCCAUUAUGUCUGCCGCCGGUUAUGGGCCUAACGUUACCCGAGUUAUGGUUUUUGACGAUAACAUACAUUCUGUCACACAAUGGGCUAAUGUUAUCUACAGAGACAGUGAAGCGGCCCAAUACGUGUCCGGAACGGCCAUUCAUUGGUAUGAAAAUAAUGAAACCAAUGUGAACAUGCUCGAUACUGUGCACAAUCAAAACCCGAGCAAGUUCAUUUUGAGCACCGAGGCGUGUGAAAUGUGGCAGGGCAAGGAUCACCAUGUUUAUUUGGGCAGUUGGAAAUUAUUUGAGAAGUACGCCACUGAUAUUAUUAGGGAUUUAAAUCAUUGGGUCGGGGGUUGGGUUGACUGGAAUCUGGCUCUGGACACUAAUGGUGGGCCCAAUUGGUCAAAAAACUUUGUGGACGCGCCGAUUAUAGUGAACGCUACGGCCCGGGAGUACUACAAACAGCCGUCGUUUUACUCGAUCGCACACUUCAGUAAAUUCCUUCCGCCCGGCGCUCAACGCCUGAACCAUACGCUCGCA